UCUGUACGCCUCAAAUUACCCAGGACAAUGAGAAUUCACCCGUCGUUUCACGUCAGUCAAGUCAAGCCCGCAAAGGAGAGUCCGUUAGUCCCCCCCACCCAGCCACCUCCACCGCCCCGGAUCAUCGAUGGGGACCCAGCCUACACGGUGCGCCGGCUCAUUGCAGCCCGUCGUCGAGGGAGAGGGUUCCAGUACUUGGUGGACUGGGAGGGAUACGGCCCUGAAGAGCGUUCCUGGGUGCCCGCCUCCUACAUAUUGGACCCGGACCUGAUUCGGGAGUUCCAUCAGCGCCACCCGGAGGUUGGGGAUUCCGUUGGGGCUUUCCCGGCUCGGCCCAGCCGACCACCUGUCGUUACCACCCGCAGGCCAGACGUUUAUCCCCGGAACCAGAGGCUCCACAGGAAUUAA